AGACAAUGGACCAGUGUGCAGGUGUUUAGUGAGUACGAGCAUGACUUUGUCGGUUGUUUUGUAGAGUGAGUCUCCCACUGUCAUCGGUGUCCAGUACCACCGAGGUUACCUCACUCUCAACUUGGAGUGCAUUUCAGCUGCUCCCUUUGAUGGAUGGAAUUUUAUGGGGCUGGAUGGCUGUUGGGAGACACAAGCCCUUCCUUUCUUUUGUUACUUCUAAACCCUCUUAUCACGUCCAUCUCUCAUUUUCACUCGCUGAUUAUUCCUCCCAAAACUCCUCCUCAACUUCUAUAAUUAACUUCGCUCGGUACCGACUGCCAAGUUUUUUUUUUCAACGUUUUUGCUUGGCUUCAAGGGUCCCAUGUCCAAUCUAAUCUUCUCAUCUCCCAAGUGAAUUUCAAGAUUCCUCUAAUUUUCUUACUCUGGAGUUUCCUGAAAUUAAUCCCUUCUAAGCAUGGACCUUUUAGACCAUUUCUGUAUCAAAUACUACCACUAAAUCGGCUUACGUAUUGAGAACGAGGUUGAAAAAUUAGUGAGAUGGGACCACUUGGUUUAGCACCAAAAACGUCCAUAUCAAGCUGAAAAGAAAGCACAUGUCUGAGAUUACUUAGUUGAUUAUCAUUUAUCUCUUUGGUUUAUGUAUGCUCUGGGGAUUAGACUAGUCGAGUUCAUGCUCCGAGAAAAUUAGUGAUUAGCGCAGGUUCACAGUUAGACAGAAGCUUAUGUUUUGCUGAUUAUGAUGAAGGUAAUCUGAGAGAGAGAGAGAGAGAGAUCAACAGCCGAGGUGGUUCAAAGAUCAAGGCUCACUACUGUUGCUAUCAAAAUCCAUGGAGCCAAGAGGGCAAGAAAAGGAUAUAGGCAGCCUCCCAUACUCGGUGGGUUAUAGUCCACCUUCAUUCACCAACGAAUCCUCAACCAAGCCACCUUCAGCUCCAAGUUUGGAUAGAAGAAGAAUUGAUGCCGGCCGCGGAAGUAUCAUCCCUAUCACCCCCAGUCCUAACCAAACCCUAGAUCAGCAGCAAAAUCCACCACAACAACAACUAUAUGCACAUAAAGACUCGAACCCAGAUCCAGAUCCAGUUCAAGUUACCAAUGCAACCCCCAUAAGUGGUGCAUCUAACUCGAAGACAGCGACAGUGGCAGCUCAACAGCCGCCACCAGCACCAGCAGCUUCAGGAGCUAAUACAACUGCUCCUGGCUCAUCGGUUCGAUAUCGCGAAUGCCUCAAGAAUCAUGCAGCAAGCAUGGGAGGACAUAUUGUCGAUGGAUGUGGAGAAUUCAUGCCUAGUGGAGAGGAAGGCACUCCUGAAGCCUUAAGGUGUGCAGCUUGCGAUUGCCAUCGCAAUUUUCAUCGGAAAGAGGGCGAUGGCGAACCGCAAGCCGGUACAAGUGGCUAUUACACACAAAACCAUACGCCCAGACUGCACAAUAGUGCUCAUCAGGCGACACUAUUUCGUACUCAACCUCAAACUUCUCCCAUUAGAAUGCCGCCUCAGCAUCAUCAUCAUCAGCAGCAGCAUAAAUUUGCUCAUAGUUAUUCCCAUGGUUUAACCGCUAGUCCGACAGGUCCUAUGGCGCCUAUCAUGAUGACUUUUGGAGGAAAUAGCGGAGGAGCUGCGGCGGAGUCCUCUAGUGAAGAUCUUAACAUGUUUCAGUAUAAUGCUGGAGGACAAGUGGUGCAGCAAGCGUUCUCGGUGUCGAGAAAGAGGUUUCGGACAAAAUUUACACAACAACAGAAGGAUAGAAUGAAUGAAUUUGCUGAGAAGCUGGGGUGGAAGAUCCAAAAGCAAGAUGAACAAGAAGUGCAGCAGUUUUGCAGUGAGGUAGGAGUAAAGAGACAGGUCUUCAAGGUUUGGAUGCACAAUAACAAACAAGCAAUGAAGAAGAAACAAAUCCUUCACCACUGACAAUGAGUUGAAAUAUGAUACUCCCUCAUCAAUUUUACAGCUGGAUGGAAAGACUGUCUAGCUUUGAGUACUUGAUCACAUACUGGCCUGGUCAGUUGUUUGCUUCUUUGAUCUGGUCAAAAUUACUUGGAAACUCCAAUAGCACGUACAAUAAUAAGUCUAGUUCACUAUAUGUUAGUUGUCGUAUUACAGUAAACAGAUUAGGGCACAUAAGGAGAAUUUCUUAAAAAUUGAAUGAUUACCCAAUGAUUGGAUAACCCUAAACAAGUAGUUAGGUAAUCCUGUGUAUAAUAUACAGGCGGACAGUUUCCGGAAGAGAUGAGUUGUGUGCCUUAAUCAUCACAACAUAGGAACUGAGAGUACAACCGUCAGAUUUAGUCAGUGAAAACUAGAUUUUGAUGCAGCAAGUAGGCCUGGAAAGUGAGCUUAUGAUUAUGAGAUAAAAGAUAUAUUCCAGCGGACGAUCCAAGAGGGGAAACAAUUGCAAAUCCUCUCCAUGCAGGAACAUAUUUCUAUUUUCCUCUUAAAAUGUGUACUUUCAGCAUGAGUCGCAUAGAACAAACUAACUGAAAUUGAACUCAUAACUAUGUAGACAUAAAAAAUAAUUUAUGUUAAGAAACUUCAAUUAGAGAGUCAACCGUGUUUUGAGUUGGGUAUUCAGUAAUCAGUAAGUGAAUGAAACUCUCUACUAGAUCAUAAUAAAGUAGGACCAAGCCACAGGACAAGAAUAUUAACUUGGCUAUAAUAAACCGUGUUUUUUCAAGUUUUUGCUGAUCCC